AGAGAGCUUCGGGAAAACCAUGGCGGCUAAUUGCGCGAGACGAACCCUACAAUUCUCUUCAGCUUCCGCCAAAACCAUAUUCAACUCGUCGUCGUCUUCACCCUUCGCCUCCAAAGCCUUUAAGCUCGCUGAACUCGCCGGCGCCAAAGCCACAUCCACUCCUCGAUUCGCUACUCCGAAACUCAAAUUCUCAAGGCUACCUGUGGAGUUGGCAGCUGCGCAGUCAUUGAUACCGUUACACAGUGCUACCGCUUCGGCCUUGUUCACAUCGCUACUGUCCCUGCACUGUACUAGCUGGGGGUGCCUAUCAGAAGGUUUUGCAACCCCUCUAUAGCAGGACCUACGAGCAGCUGGUUCUAGGUAUAAGCUAGAUCAUGAAUAUCAGAUUUUGUUUCUUUGCAUGCCUCUGAUUGCCUUCAACUUCAGUGUAACUUAUAAAAGUAGAUGAUUGUUUCAAUAUUUCUCAAGCUUUUGGUCUGUACUGAUCAUGACCUGACAUUUUUGCCCGUAUGUCGUCAACAAUCAUAAAAUGAGUCGGGGAAUACUGCGAGAUCCCUGUAAUUAGCUUAA